UUGUGUGUUUUUCCGCUGCUUUUCUGCCCCCUCUUUUUUGGUUUCGCCCAACCUGGCCUGAACAGCAGCGCUUCAGCCUUUAUCUUGGUGCCACUGAUGAUGAUAAGGAUGCUUCUCUCCAUCUCUAAAUGAUUUCACAGGAAACCGACCACAGCUGUACGGCUGCGCGAUGAAUACACUGGCUUUUAACAGGCAUAAGUCUGGAAUAUCUGUGAUUAUGGACAUCUUGUACUUUCUAUGGAUGCUGCCGUCGGUGUGGGCUGUCGAAGAGGUACUAAUGGAUUCAACAACAGCAACAGCAGAACUGGGCUGGACCACCUACCCAUCUCAAGGGUGGGAAGAAGUUAGUGGAUACGAUGAAAAUAUGAACACCAUCCGAACAUACCAGGUGUGCAAUAUCUUUAAUAGCAGCCAAAACAACUGGGUCCGGACCAAAUACAUCCGUCGCCGUGGUGCUCAGCGUAUCCAUGUCCAGAUGAAAUUUUCAGUACGGGACUGUAGUUCCAUACCCAAUGUCCCUGGCUCCUGCAAGGAGACCUUCAACCUCUAUUUUUUUGAAUCUGACUUGGAUAAGGCCACUAAAUUAUACCCACCCUGGAUGGAAAACCCAUGGGUGAAAGUGGACACUAUUGCAGCUGACGAGAGCUUCUCUCAGGUCGAUCUCGGUGGCCGCAUCAUGAAGAUCAACAGUGAAGUUCGAAGCUUUGGACCUGUUUCCCACAAUGGCUUCUAUCUUGCUUUCCAGGAUUACGGUGCCUGCAUGUCACUCAUUGCUGUCCGAGUCUUCUACAGGAAAUGUCCCCAUAUAAUCCAGAAUGGAGCGGUUUUCCCUGAGACACUGUCAGGAGCAGAGAGCACCUCUCUUGUGGCAGCCAGAGGAGUGUGUGUUCCUAAUGGGGAGGAGGUGGAUGUACCCAUCAAGCUGUACUGUAAUGGGGAUGGGGAGUGGAUGGUACCUAUUGGUCGCUGUAUGUGUAAAGCUGGAUACGAGGCUGUGGCGAAUGGUACAGUCUGCAAAGCUGUUCCAUCUGCACCACAAAAUGUCAUCUCCAUAGUAAAUGAGACUUCUCUGAUACUGGAGUGGAGUCCACCAAAGGAGAGUGGUGGCCGAGAAGAUGUAGUUUACAACAUCAUAUGUAAGAGUUGUGGCAGCGGUCGCAGCGGCUGCACCCGCUGUGGUGACAACGUGCAGUUUAUCCCACGUCAGCUGGGACUCACCAACACCCGAGUACAUAUCAGCGACCUCAUGGCUCACACGCAGUACACAUUUGAAAUACAAGCUGUCAAUGGAGUGUCUGAUCAGAGUCCUUAUUCACCACAGUACACGUCUGUCAACAUCACCACCAACCAGGCUGCACCAUCAAUAGUGUCCAUCAUCCACCAGGUUAGCAGAACUCCUAACAGCAUCACUCUGUCCUGGUCCCAGCCAGAUCAGCCCAAUGGUGUUAUUCUGGACUAUGAACUGCAGUAUUAUGAGAAGAACCAAGCAGAAUGGAACUCAUCUCUAACGAGGAGUCAGACCAACACUGCUGUCAUACAAGGUUUAAGGCCUGGAACCAUAUACGUGUUUCAGGUCCGGGCUCGGACUGUCGCUGGAUUUGGACGCUUCAGUGGUAAAAUGUACUUCCAAACCAUGACUGAAGAAGAAUAUAACUCCAUUAUUCAAGAGAAGCUCCCCCUCAUCAUUGGUUCAUCUGCUGCAGGGGUUGUCUUUAUUAUUGCCAUCACUGUCGUCAUAAUUGUUUGUCGCAG